AGGGGUUGAUGCGAGGAAAAGUGGAAAAUCGAAUGAUUGAUGCAUUUGUAAACGGAUAGUUAGCUAUGUUUCGGCUGCUGCUCGCAAAAGAUUACAGAAGAACCUACGAAAAUUGCAGAAUUUCAAUUCGCAGCUCGCACUGCCCCCCUCUGCGUGGGGUAUAAAGCGGUCCUGGGUGGUUAGUCACACGGUUGAAUAUUCGCUAGCUAAUUUAGCUAGCUAUGCUAACACUUGCUGGUUAGCUUUGUUUACAUCAAGUGCGCGCCUGGAGACUGGUGGCUAAUUGCUAACCAGGCGAAUUUUAAACCACGGGAGCAGCCUCUCCGAGGAAAAGGCAUCGACGAGGAGACGUUGUUCAAUUGUAAAUGGACUCUAUGGCGAAUAUCUAUCAUUUUUCUUGGAAACGGUUUGGAUGAUAUCAUAAGCUAACGUUAGCUACACAAUGCUAAUCUUUUGAUCAUGGGUCGUUGGAUCAGUUGAUUCAAUGUUAACCGUUAAGUAGUAUUAGGGAUGAUGUGAGUUAUUAAAACGAAGGGUCGGAUUGAUCCGGAUAAAAGAAAACUUUAACUGUGAGCAUAAACGUCUCCUGUUUGUGAAUAGGAGCGACUACGAGCCGGUAAUGCUAACACUAGUUAGCAUCCCGUCGAGCUAGUGUGCGCGUUUGGAUCUAACCGCUUCACCAUGUUCGCUGUAAAUUCGUGUUUCAGUCAAUAAUACUGAAGUCUGCAUUGAAAAGCUACCGGAGCUGACUGUCGCUCCUCCAGGCCAGUUGAUAUUUCCCCCCAUCCCCCCUGAGACUUGGCUAUCUUUAUUGGUUGGAUAUUUCCCCGGGCCGUGUUUUCCGGUGGCUGCGGACUACACCGCUAUGAACCCUGUUAAUGCAACCGCUCUGUACGUGUCCGCCAGCCGGGCCGUGCUGCAGUGUGACCCCCGGCAGCCCAACACCUUCACGGAUAUGUACACGCUGCUACCCUUCUUCCGACAGUCCCUCGCAUGUCUUGUCUGUGGUAAACUGCUUGAAGAUCCCAUUUCACCCACACAUCCAGAGUGUCAGCAUUGUGUCUGCUUGGGCUGCAAAGGCCAGAAGAUGCGUAUCAGGCUGUCGUGUAGCCGGUGUAAAGACUAUUCAUGCUUCCAGGAGAACAAACAGCUUUCUUUGCUGGUGCAGUGCUACAGGAAGCUCUGCCUCUAUGUGACUCAUUCACCAUUGCUGCAGUUGAUCAGCAGCCAUGUAGGAGGCUCCCCUGAGAUUAUGGCCCUGCUGGAGGAGGUGCUAAUGUCAAAUGAAGAGGAGGUAGAGUCUGAGGACCUUUGCCUUGCUCAGGAAGAUGUAAAUCCCUCUGCUCCCAACUCCUUAACCCCCACAGAGGCACCACCUGCUCCUGCAGAGCUCUCAGCUGUACCCCAGAGCUCCUCCUCUGAUCCCCCUUGUUCUAAUGGACCACAGGACUGCAAUGGAGAAGUUCUCGAGGACUUGGAUCCAUCAUCUCCUGAGCUGGAAGUCUGCGAGCUGGUAGAGGAGCAGCCACAGGCCGGCCUGUCUGUGUCUGAUACCGGCUGUGCUGGUCUGGAGUUGAGUCUGACCACAGGACCGUUAGCCCCAACUCCAGGCACUGUGUGCUCACUCAGGGAUGGGGAAUCAAGCAGCAGGGAGCUGGAGGAGGGGGAGGUGUUGCUUCUCAGUGUGGAGGAGGUGCUACAGACAUUGGAUCCCCUACAGCCCAGUCAAGAUCCUUCUCAUUCUCAGCCAGAAAGAACACACACUCACACACACAUCACUGCGGACAGAGCACACACUCAGAUGUACAUACAGUUAGAUACAGCUCACAACUACACACAGAUUCGAACAGACAGGAUAAACACAGUGGCAAGUCAUGGUGCUCAUACACACUCAUCCUCCUUCGACCCUCCUCCUUCCAAGCCCCCACCGGUCCGCCUUAAACGAAAACGAUCCCGCUCAGAGAGUGACAGGGAAAAAGUGAAACCCCUCCCCAUUGCCUCCAUCCUGCAGGGCUCCUCCUCACACUUACACACUCCAAAUCCUCAUCCACCUCCUCAGACGUUGAACACACAACCACCCACACCCUCCAUAACUGUACCAGCACAUACAUACUCAACCCUUUCUAAUGGAGCCCCCCCAAAGCUAAGUCGCCCUGCGCCAAAUCACAAUAAAGGUGCCAGGAAGCAUGUUGAUCCGGGCCCUAAGAAGCCCCAUGUGAAGGCCCGCAGUGGUGGAGGCUCAAAGACCAAGGAUGGAAGCAAAGACCAGCGAUUGAUGUCUGGCUGCCUGGUGCCUCCAGCUCCAGUCAGGCCUCCAUAUAAAAAGCCGGUAGAGAAGAAAGGCUGCAAGUGUGGCAGGGCUACUCAGAAUCCAUCUGUGCUGACCUGCAGGGGGCAACGCUGUCCUUGCUAUUCCAACCGUAAGGCGUGCUUGGAUUGCAUCUGUCGUGGUUGCCAGAACUCUUACAUGGCCAAUGGCGAGAAGAAGCUCGAGGCCUUCGCUGUGCCAGAGAAAGCUUUGGAGCAGACGCGACUCACCCUAGGCAUAAACCUCACCAGCAUUACCGCCGCCGCUGCACUCCGCAACCCGGCAACCACCAGCAUCCGCGCUAACACCCUCCUCAAUGUGGCCACAGCAACGGGGACCCCCGUUACCACGGCCUUCCUGUCUCCCAGCCCUCCACAAGAACCUAACUAUGAAGACAGUCUGGAGCUGCUGAUUGGAUGAGAGGCUGGGACUCCAUUAACAGACAGCUCUGUGCUGAUUGAAUGUGACGGCUGAUCAGUGUGUCUGUCAGACAUCCUGUAUCCCCCCACCCUUUAUCAAAGGCAGCUAUGGGUCUGUCCUGUCCUGUAACCUGCUCUUCUUCUUCUGUGUUGGAAAAUGCUGAGUAGUAAGACUAGCAUGGGUGUGCCAAAGCCUCCUGUAUUGUGCCUGUGUGCCGGUGUGUAAUGUUGCCUGCCUUUAGUGAAACCUAUACUCCAUUUUGUUCUUCAGAGGUGCUUUUUGUUCGUUAGACCACAGAUAUUCUGUAAGAGGCAAUAGGAACCCAUACUGGUUUUGUCUUUGUUAGUAUCCGCACACAAUUAUAGAUUUCCUAGUGUGCAGUUUUGGUACAGAAUUGUAAAAAUGGCAUCAUCUCCUAGUCACCUGUCACUGCAUUUUACAUGUUUGAGGGUUACUCCAUGUGUUUAACGAUUACAUAAUCUGUAUUAGGGCAGCCCUGACUAACACUUGUCCCGUUAUGUGUUCUCAUCUUAAUUGUGAAUGAAUCUUGUGACUAAUCUACGGAGAAAUCCUGUUUCACACGACUGUUUGCCUUUUCUAUUUCAUGAACUCACUCAAUCCAAGUACUGUCAGAUUAACGAUGAAUUUGUCUUAACGAACAUGACUGAUGCAGGCAUUGUACAGGCAGCGAGGUAAUGUCAAAGCACUUGGCGGGCUCCACGGUUCCUGUGUGGGGAAGAGUGCGUGAGUGUGCAUGCGCCUGCUGAGAUUUACUGUAAUGUCAGUGAGGAGGUGUGUGAAGGGUUGAAAGCACUUAGUCUGAUUGAUUGACCAAUUUACAAUGAAAAACCAGUCCUGGUUACCUUAGCAAUAGGAGCACCAACAUGGGGCCUCCCAGCUCUUGUGCACACACAGUUGUUUACAGCAUUGCCAUUUCUAUAAUCUAUGACUGUCUUCUGAAAUAUUACACUGUUAUGUCUUGAUUAUGAGAUUGUACAUGACUGUGUUUAGAUAACUGAAGCCAUAGGUUGUUAUUAAGACAAAAUAUCCUCUGCGUGUGCGUUUUCUUCCCCUUGUCGUAGCGUCCUGACUGAUUAGAGACCAACUCAGAGACUAUUUUUGAUACCAACCAUUUGGUACCACUGUCUUUACUGUGUUUUGGUUAAAGCACCUUGAAGCCCUUCUAUAUCCUAAGAGGCUUUGUGUUGUCCGUGUUUGUGUUUACUGUCUCAGCUGUAACUACAACAUGUUCGUCAGUCCAGUCAUGGUGACCAAAAAGAGACCGAAGGAGAGAGAGAGCGAGAGAGGACUCGGGCAGACCAAACAAACAAACACCUUGGUUCUCCACUCAUUGACCAGAAUCAGCAGGUGGAUUACAGUAAGAUCAGCAGAUAUGAUCUUUCUUCCUGCUUGUGUGUCUGUGUAUGUUUCAAAGUGUAUUUCUUUUGGGCAUUACUUGAACCCUGAUCAGUUUUGGUAUUGUUUUUUUUAUGUAAAAACUCUUGUUUGAGGAGUGGAUCUUAUUAUUGCUGAAACAUUCACUGCCAUAAUAUGGAAACAUGUAAUACAACAUGAAUUAAAUGAUAGUUUUUUACUUUUUCA